AUGGUUAAAGCUAUUAUUGCACCAUCCAUUCUCGCAUCUGACUUCUCCAAACUCGGCUGUGAAUGUCGCCGCAUGUAUGAUCUGGGCGCCGAUUGGCUCCAUGUCGAUGUCAUGGAUGGAAACUUUGUUCCUAACAUUUCCUUAGGUCCACCCAUCAUCACCAGCUUGCGCAAAGCCAUCCCUCGCACAGAAAAGAAACUGUUCUUUGAUUGUCACAUGAUGGUGGCCAACCCAGAGCAGUGGGUCCCAGAAAUUGCCAAAGCUGGCGGUGAUCAAUACACUUUCCACUACGAAUCCACCAAAGACGCAAAGGCAUUGAUUCAAUUGAUCAAGGAACAUGGAAUGCGCGCUGCAUGUGCAGUGAAACCUGGAACCCCAGCCAGUGUGUUGUUCGAAUUGGGCGAGCAGUUGGACAUGAUUUUGGUGAUGACUGUUGAGCCAGGUUUCGGAGGUCAGAAGUUUAUGCCCGAUAUGAUGGCCAAAGUCGAUGAGUUGAGACGCCGGUUCCCACAAUUGGAUAUCCAGGUUGACGGUGGAUUGGGUAGAGAGACUGUCCCUGCGGCAGCUGACGCUGGUGCCAACGUCAUUGUGGCAGGUACCUCGUGUUUCACUGCACCAGAGCCCGUGGAAUUGAUUGACUACAUGCGUGAUACUGUCAACAACAGCUUGAAGGCUAAGGGUGUCCACACCGAAUAG